AUGAUUGAGGACCUGGUGACUGAAGACCUGGUGACUGACGACCUGGUGACUGACGACCUGGUGAUUGAGGACCUAGUGACUGACGACCUGGUGAUUGAGGACCUGGUGACUGACGAACUGGUGAUUGAGGACCUGGUGACUGACGACCUGGUGAUUGAGGACCUGGUGACUGACGUCGUGGUGAUUGAGGACCUGGUAACUGACGACCUGGUGACUGAAGACCUGGUGACUGACGACCUGUUGAUUGAGUACCUGGUAACUGACGACCUGGUGAUUGAGGACCAGGUAACUGACGACCUGGUGACUGACGACCUGGUGACUGACGACCUGGUGACUGACGACCUGGUGAUUGAGGACCUGGUGACUGACGACCUGGUGAUUGAGGACCUGGUGACUGACGACCUGGUGAUUGAGGACCUGGUGACUGACGACCUGGUGAUUGAGGACCUGGUAACUGACGACCUGGUGACUGAAGACCUGGUGACUGACGACCUGUUGAUUGAGGACCUGGUAACUGACGACCUGGUGAUUGAGGACCUGGUAACUGACGACCUGGUGACUGAAGACCUGGUGACUGAAGACCUGGUGACUGACGACCUAGUGACUGACGACCUGGUGAUUGAGGACCUGGUGACUGACGACCUGGUGAUUGAGGACCUGGACCUGGUGACUGACGAACUGGUGAUUGAGGACCUGGUGACUGACGACCUGGUGAUUGAGGACCUGGUGACUGACGACCUGGUGAUUGAGGACCUGGUAACUGACGACCUGGUGACUGAAGACCUGGUGACUGACGACCUAGUGACUGACGACCUGGUGAUUGAGGACCGUGUGACUGACGGCCUGGUGAUUGAGGACCUGGUGACUGACGACCUGGUGAUUGAGGACCUGGUGACUGACGACCUGGUAAUUGAGGACCUGGUAACUGACGACCUGGUGACUGAAGACCUGGUGACUGACGACCUGGUGACUGACGACCUGGUGACUAACGACCUGGUGACUGAAGACCUGGUGACUGAAGACCUGGUGACUGACGACCUGGUGACUGAAGACCUGGUGACUGACGACCUGGUGACUGAAGACCUGGUGACUGACGACCUGGUGACUGACGACCUGGUGACUGACGACCUGUUGAUUGAGGACCUGGUAACUGACGACCUGGUGACUGACGACCUAGUGACUGACGACCUGGUGAUUGAGGACCUGGUGACUGACGACCUGGUGAUUGAGGACCUGGUGACUGACGACCUGGUGAUUGAGGACCUGUGUGAUUGA